AGAGAGAGAGAGAGAGAGAGAGCUCGAUCUCACUAGGGUUUGAAGAGUGUGCCACGAGAGGGGAUGAGAAGGAGCGAUCGAUCGAUCUCGGAGUCUCCUCUUCCUCCUCAGAUCAGUUGCUACUUAAACAGCAUUCUAGACGUUGGCAACCAUGGCUGAAGAAAUAGAUUUAACUGGAGAUGGAGGCGUUCUUAAGACAGUUAUUCGUAAAGCCAAAGAUGAUGCCAUCAUGCCAUCAGAGAAUGUUCCCUUUAUCGAUGUUCAUUAUGAAGGCACCCUUGCUGAAACUGGCGAAGUAUUUGAUACAACCCAUGAAGACAAUAGUAUUUUUACAUUUGAACUGGGGAAGGGCGAGGUUAUCAAGGCUUGGGAUAUUGCAUUAAAAACAAUGAAGGUUGGGGAGGUCGCGAAAGUAAGGUGCAAGCCAGAGUAUGCUUAUGGAAGUGUUGGUUCUCCUCCAGAGAUACCACCAAAUGCAACACUCGUCUUUGAGGUUGAGUUAGUAGCGUGCAGGCCCAGGAAAGGUGCCAGUGUCAGUAGUGUUUCAGUUGAAAAGGCCAGGCUUGAGGAAUUGAGGAAACAAAGAGAGACUGCUGCAGCAACCAAGGAAGAAGAAAAGAAGAAGAGAGGGGAAGCAAAAGCCGCCGCCGCUGCCCGUGUACAAGCCAAGAUGGAGGCAAAAAAGCACCAAGGGAAGGGCAAAGGGAAGGCAAAGUAGACCACUUUAGGUUUUGUUUGCUAUCAAAUUUAGUGGAUAUUACAGAAACAUGCAAUAAUACAGACAUUGUAGCGAACUUGUCAUUUCUUCCUGCCUUAUACUGUCAGUGAAAAAACUGUAAAGAGGGAAAGGAGUGAAACUGUAUCUGAUAACAUUAUACAAAAUGUGUGAUUCUGGUAAGUGGGGUGUGAAAAUUGGUAUAGUGAAUCAUUACGCUCCUUUGAAAUUGUUCGGUCGUCGAGAUCAUUUAUGAAAUUCUUUUCCCCUAGUAA